GAAAAUUUGGGGUCCAUCCAUCGCGUCGUUAACUUCUGAUUUUCUUCAGCGUUUCCUUCCCUCACCCUUCUACUUUCUUUCAGUCGCGACACCAUGCGCUUCCAUUGGGGCACGCAGGCAACUGCACUGUUUCCAUGCUGGAUCACUUAACUGGACCGCUCAUUGUUACACCGAGCAAUGUUCAUGAUAGUGUCCAGCAAUGGUUACCAAAAUCAGGUAUGCCGUUUUCCUGCGGUCUUGUACCACAUGGAUUACUUUCGAGCCGACACCAUGAUGCUUUGUACUUUUCAUUCCAAUUCCGACACUUCAUGACGGACACAACUUUCCUGAACCAUCUCGACUUAACUAAAUCUCGUCGACGCGCCGACUUCAACGUGUCAUCGACGACUAAUGCCCUGGUGCAGACCCGGAUGACUGCAGACGCUCAUGCUUUUGCGCAACGGCUUCCUAUCAAUGAUGUGGCUCUACUUGAUUCACCUUCCAGCAGUUUGCCCAUGGAGGUAGGAAUGCCGCUUGCGCUUCAGUGAUGACUUGACAUAUCGCCUUAGAUACCUUAUUGCUACUCGCGAUACUCGGCAACUUCUGGGCCGUUCCACGCGACGUAUUUACCUGACAGAUCAGACUUGGCGUCAAGUGACAGCUUCGC